CUUCACCUACUGAGCCACCAGAGUCCCGGAGUCUUGGCAAGCCUUUUCUUUCCCUUGAGUCCUUUUCCCAUCCCUUGGGUCCCUCAGUAUCUAUUAGGGUAAUCAGAGAAUACAUCUGCAUUUUUUGUAGAGUGGACUGGACGUUGAUGAGCCUCAAGUCCGUUUAGGUCGUCUCUACUUGUAUAGUUUCUAUGAGGACAGCCCUGCUUGCCCCCUGCUUGAGAUCCAAAGAAGAGAUACUUCUGCAAUCCUGGACAUGAAAUGGUGCCACAUCCCGGUGGCCGGCCGUGCCCUCUUGGGUGUGGCAGAUGCUGGUGGGUCCAUAGAGCUACUCUGCUUGGUGGGAUCUGAGAAUGCUUACACACUGCAGCCAGUUUCCAGCUGUGCCCUGGAGAAGCAGUGUCUGGCCCUGUCUCUGGAUUGGUCCACGGGGAAAGCUGAAAGGGCCAGUGACCAGCCCUUGAAAAUCAUUAGCAGCGACUCCAAGGGGCAGCUCCACCUGCUAGAGGUGAAUGAGGCGGGGCCAGCACUGCAGGAGGUGGCCACGUGGCAUGCCCAUCACUUUGAGGCCUGGAUUGCUGCCUUCAAUUACUGGCAGACAGAAAUCGUUUAUUCAGGUGGGGACGACGCCCUUCUGAAAGGCUGGGACACCAGGACACCGGGCACAUCUGUAUUCACUAGCGAGAGACACUCCAUGGGUGUGUGCAGCAUCCAGAGUAGUCCCCAUCGGGAGCACAUCUUGGCCACAGGAAGCUAUGAUGAGCAUGUUCUGCUGUGGGACACUCGGAGCAUGAAGCAGCCAUUCGCAGACAUGCCCGCGCAGGGCGGAGUGUGGAGGCUCAAGUGGCACCCUUUCCACCAUCACCUGCUCCUGGCAGCGUGCAUGCACAGUGGCUUUAAGAUCUUCAACUGCCAAAAGGCGAUAGAGGAGAAGCAGGAAGCCUGCACAGUCUCUGUGUCCCAUACGUUGCCCAGCUCAUUGGUGUAUGGAGCUGACUGGUCCUGGCUCUACUUCGGCCAUCUGUCACAGACCCACCAGCCGUGCUGCUUAAGGGCCUUUCCCGACAGCAACUUAGGAGCCAAAGCCUCACAGCUCUACAGCCUGAACACUGUACGUCAGUCACCGGCAGCCUCUUCUCAUCGUCUAGCAGAGGCUGAGGAAGAGGGUCAUUCCAAACUUCAGAGCAGCAGCAGACCAAAGACGCCUCUCCAUCCACCCACAGAGGACAUGACGAAGAGCAGCAGCUGGUACCACGCUGCAGGGCCCAAGGUCUGUGACUGUGACCUCUCUCUGGAAGCAGCAAGCUUGGACGUUGACCUCCUAGCUACUUGCUCCUUUUAUGAUCACGUUCUUCACCUCUGGAAGUGGGAGAGCAGCUGAGCUAGGGAAGAGUUUGGUUGAAGUCAUAAAGACCAUUUCCACAAAUAAAACCCAGAGUGUGACUCUGAGUGAACUGCCCUCAGACCAUCUCCUUGAAAGUCUUCCUGUACGCCACAGGUGACCGUAUAGGGCUCAGCGCACCUUACGGGCUCUACAGGGUGAACAAAGAAGCUCUUGGCUUUCUAAAUAAACCUUAUCUGCUGCGGCAAGUGGUGACUCUGCCUGAUAGCAAGGAGUCUGCUAUUGUGGGUGUGGAAGGGUCUUGGUUCCCAGCUCAAACUUCCCAGUUUCUUGUGUGCAUAGGGACAUUCAGCUCUUUGUACUCAUUUAAAUGAGCUAAAUGAAA